CUGAAAGCCGUUCCGUCUCGGGGCAUUCAAGAUCGAUUGGCAUGCAGUAAAUUUCGAACAUACGCAUGUAUCAGCAGAUACAGCAGUCAGUCGUGAGAGAGUAGAUCUGGUAACAUGCAGCGCUACUGGGAUCGCCUCCUUGCUUGGCUCGCGCGGCGGCCCCGACACGGCUCCGAGCAGCAGCACGAAGCCAGCAAUCGAUUCGACUGCAGACACGAGAGCUCGACGUCAGCAUUCGCAGCAGCUCGACGCUCAUCCACCUCUCGUGGCUCGGAGCAAGAUAUAAUCCAUCUUGCCAUCGCGAGUGCCGUCGCUUGGCACGUACUUGAUGCUGGGAUGGCCAAGCAAGCACUCUGGCUCGUGACUCGCAGCCAGUCCCGCGUCUGCGUGUAGGCGAGGAGCGAGCAGUCGAAGAGUUGCCACGAUCUCGGAGUCACGAGUGUAUCGCCAGCGUCCGCAGAUCAAAGGCACGAGUUCAGCAUCGUCUAUUGUCUGCCGGGAGAACAGAAGGGAGG